CUUCCCCAGAUGACUCUCACUCAGCGCCGUCAUGGUGGCCUCAGGGCUGCUUCUGGCAGCUUUGCUGUUCUGCCUGACAAUAAUGGUCUUUAUGUCUGUGUGGCGGCAAAGGAAGCUGUUGGGGAAGAUGCCUCCUGGUCCCCCAGCACUGCCCUUCAUCGGGAAUUACUUGCAGCUGAACACAGAGCGGAUGUACAACUCCCUCAUGAAGAUCAGCAAGCGCUAUGGUCCAGUGUUCACCGUCCACCUGGGUAUGCGGAGGGUCGUGGUGCUGUGUGGCUAUGAGGCUGUAAAGGAGGCUCUGAUGGACCAGGCUGAGGAAUUCAGUGGGCGAGGCGAGCAGGCCACCUUUGACUGGCUCUUCAAAGGCUAUGGCGUGGCCUUCAGCAACGGGGAGCGCGCCAAGCAACUCAGGCGCUUCUCCAUCUGCACGCUGCGGGACUUCGGAGUGGGCAAGCGUGGCAUCGAGGAGCGCAUCCAGGAGGAGGCAGGCUUCCUCCUUCAGACCUUUCGGGGCAUGCGCGGUGCCUUCAUUGACCCCACCUUCUUUCUGAGCCGAACUGUCUCCAAUGUCAUCAACUCCAUUGUCUUCGGGGACCGCUUUGACUAUGAGGACAAAGAGUUCCUUUCACUGCUGAGCAUGAUGCUGGGAAGCUUCCAGUUCACAGCUACCUCUAAGGGACAGCUCUAUGAGAUGUUCUCCUCGGUGAUGAAACACCUGCCGGGGCCACAGCAACAGGCGUUUAAGGAGCUCCAGGGGCUGGAGGACUUCAUAGCCAAGAAGGUGGAGCAGAACCAACGUACACUGGAUCCCAACUCCCCGCGGGACUUUAUCGACUCCUUCCUCAUCCGCAUGCAGGAGGAGCAAAAGCACCCCCACACAGAGUUCCACUUGAAGAACUUGGUAAUGACCACGCUGAACCUUUUCUUUGCGGGCACUGAGACGGUCAGCACGACCCUGCGUUAUGGUUUCCUGAUGCUCAUGAAGCACCCAGAUGUGGAGGCCAAGGUCCAUGAGGAGAUUGACCGGGUGGUUGGCAAAAACCGUCAGCCCAAGUUCGAAGAUCGGGCGAAGAUGCCCUACACAGAGGCGGUGAUCCACGAGAUCCAGAGAUUCGGAGAUAUGAUCCCCAUGGGCCUGGCCCGCAGAGUCACCAAGGACACCAAGUUUCGGAACUUUCUCCUCCCUAAGGGCACUGAAGUGUUUCCAAUGCUGGGCUCCAUGCUAAGAGACUCCAAGUUCUUCUCCAACCCUGGGGAUUUCAACCCUCAGCAUUUCCUAGACGAGAAAGGGCAGUUCAAGAAGAAUGAUGCUUUUGUGCCAUUCUCCAUUGGAAAGCGGUACUGCUUUGGAGAAAACCUGGCUAGAAUGGAGCUCUUCCUCUUUCUCACCACCAUCAUGCAGAACUUCCGCUUCAAGUCCCCGCAGUCACCCAAGGAUAUCGACGUGUCCCCGAAACAUGUGGGCUUUGCCACCAUUCCACCAAACUACACCAUGAGCUUCCAGCCUCGCUGAACUAGAGCUGCCACAGGGCAGGGCUAGUGGGAGGAGCAAAUGGGAGGGCGUGUUCUGGAGAGGCGGUGCUAAGGAUUGGGGGUGAGGUGGAGGAAAAGAAGGUGCAAUGUGGAUAGGAGAGUAAGAAGAAACAGAUGGGCUGUCUGUCCACCAUGUUAGAGAUAGAACCUUCAGAGUUGGGGUGAGAUAAAGCGAAAUCUUACACUA